AUGCAGGCAGUGAGCAUCCCGGGGCAGGCAACGAGCAUCCCAGAGCAGGCAACGAGCAUCCCGGGGCACAGGUGCCGUGCAGGGACGGGCACCGAGCACGGCAGGGCUGGCAGCAGCCCGGGGCACGCCGGGUCCCCUCCGCUGGCCGCUCCUUGCCCAGCACAUCGCCCACUCGCCACCCGCCUCGCCAGCGCCCAACAGCCCCGGUGCGGGGGGGAUGCCCGUCCCCGGCAGCCCCCUCCCGCCGCGCCUUCGCCCCCGCGGCCCGGCCCGUGGCGAGGGGAAGCGGAGGCCAGCCCGGGCUCCCCCCGCGCCCAGCCGCCACCGGCGUCGCUCCCGCCGCAGCCUCCCGCCGCCGCCCCGCUCCGGUGCCGCCCCGCUCCGGUGCCGCCGCGCCGGGGGCCACGCCGCAAGGGGUGCCCGGGGGGCUCCUCCGUGCCCCGGCGGCUUUUCACCCGGCUGCAGGUCGCGGCAAGGAAAGAGCAGCGGCAGCAGCGGGCGAGAAAGGCUCGGCCCUCCCGCAGCAUCCCCUGUUCACCCCCCAUCCCACCCCCCGUCUUUCUCGCUGGGGAGGUAGCGCACGGGGAACUCGAAGGGCUGAAAUCCCGAGUCGGGUGA